AUGGGGGCCUCUGAGACACGGGUUGUGUCUGUCCAGCGCCUCAACGAGGGACCGGGAACCCGGUCCCUGGCUGAAUGGUGGGCUGAUGAGAAGAAGAGUCAGACCCCCGAGUCCAAAGCUAUUGAGGAGGCUGCCCAGUUCCUUCGCACCAGUGAUCUGCCCGUCGCAUUCCCCACAGAGACGGUAUACGGCCUUGGCGCAGAUGCCACACGCAGCGCCUCUGUCCGGGGUAUCUACCGCGCGAAGCAGCGACCCUCAGACAACCCGUUGAUCGUCCAUAUCGACUCCCUUGAGAUGCUGGGUCGCCUGCUGAACCCCAGUCCGCGCCCCGGAAGCCCUAACUCAGCCAAAACACGGCACAUGUCCAUUCCCCCGAUCUACAACCCGCUUCUCGAACGCUUCUGGCCAGGCCCGUUGACUAUCAUCCUCCCGAACCCGUCUGGAUCUGCGCUGGCCCCGGAAGUGACCUCCAACUUGAUGACCUUUGGCGUGCGCAUGCCAUCCUCAGUCCUGGCCCGUCUGCUCAUCCAUGUCACCGACCGACCGCUUGCCGCGCCCUCAGCCAACGCGUCGACGAAGCCCUCUCCGACUACCGCACAGCAUGUCUACCACGACCUGCACGGCCGGAUUGACCUGAUUCUUGAUGGUGGCGCAUCCGGCGUUGGUGUCGAGAGCACCGUUGUCGACGGGCUCUGCGAUCCUCCCGCCAUCCUGCGACCCGGCGGGAUCGGCAUCGAAGAGCUACGCAAGUGCGCCGGCUGGGAGAAUGUGACUGUCGCGUACAAUGACGGCACCCUCGACGUCAAAGAGGUCCCGCGCGCACCGGGCAUGAAGUACCGGCACUACUCGCCGAAAGCCCGGGUCGUGCUUUUCGAAGCCAGCUCGAACCUGGCCGGCGUGAAACGCCACGUGCAGAAGGACCUGCAGGACAGCGCGAUCGGCGCUCACAAUAUCGGCAUCGUGCGCACGCGCAACUGGCCGCAGGGCCUAGGUCUUGCGUCGGACGAGGUCCUGGCCAGCACGCUCCAGCCCGUGUCCUCGGCCAUCGAGAACCUGCUCAGCUUCCCGGUUCCUGUGCAGGAGACGGGCAGUCCGAGCAGUCGCACCAAGCUCGCGUACGACUACCACCUCGGCUCGGAUACUAGUGCCAAUGCCCACGGGCUCUUUGCGGCUCUGCGGGCGCUGGAUGAGCUCGAUGUCGAUGUGAUCUACGUGGAAGGUAUCUCUGAUCGGGACGGCGACUUGGCGGCCGCCGUGAUGAACCGGCUGCGGAAGGCUGCCGGCACGGAGAUGAAGGUGUAG